UAGCAUCACACAGGUGCUUUUCCGACGGGAUACAAUACUCGCUUGUAACAAACAGAGCACGGAGAAGAGCAACGGUCGUUAGUCGAGAUCUGCCGCGUCACAGAAGAACCACACUAGAACUUGAACAGAAAAAACAACUCAAAACCUGUCAGACCAUCGGAGAAGUGAACUCGAACGAACCUGAGAGAAAACGGAGCCUUUGUUUUCAGAAGCAGCAGGGAGCAGAACCGGAGGAAAGAUGAUGAGUUUUCUACCAUACUUCUCCGCUGAGACCUGGACCCUCCUGGCCCUCCUCAUCACCCUCAUUGUAGUGUACGGGUACUGGCCCUAUGGUGUAUUCACUAAGAUGGGUAUCCCUGGUCCCAAACCCCUACCUUACUUUGGCACAAUGUUGGAGUAUAAAAAGGGCUUCACUAACUUUGACACAGAGUGCUUUCAGAAGUACGGGAGAAUCUGGGGGAUCUAUGAUGGGAGGCAGCCUGUUCUGUGUAUCAUGGACAAAAGCAUGAUCAAGACCGUCCUGAUUAAGGAGUGUUACAACAUCUUCACCAACCGCAGGAACUUCCAUCUGAAUGGUGAGCUGUUUGAUGCGUUGUCCGUUGCCGAGGACGACACAUGGAGACGGAUCCGCAGUGUCCUCUCACCUUCCUUUACCUCUGGACGACUAAAAGAGAUGUUUGGUAUCAUGAAGCAGCACUCUUCUACCCUGCUGAGCGGAAUGAAGAAGCAGGCAGAUAAAGACCAGACCAUUGAAGUGAAGGAGUUCUUUGGGCCCUACAGUAUGGACGUGGUCACCAGCACAGCUUUCAGUGUGGACAUUGACUCUCUGAACAACCCUUCAGACCCCUUUGUCUCCAACGUCAAGAAGAUGCUCAAGUUCGACCUGUUCAACCCACUGUUCCUCCUAGUCGCUUUGUUUCCCUUCACUGGUCCUAUCUUGGAGAAGAUGAAGUUUUCUUUCUUCCCGACUGCGGUGACAGACUUCUUUUACGCCUCGCUGGCUAAGAUCAAAUCUGGACGUGACACUGGGAACUCAACUAAUCGGGUGGAUUUCUUACAGCUGAUGAUCGACUCUCAGAAAGGCAGUGACACAAAGACAGGAGAGGAACAGACUAAAGGACUGACUGAUCAUGAGAUCUUGUCUCAGGCCAUGAUCUUCAUCUUCGCCGGCUACGAGACCAGCAGCAGUACUAUGAGUUUCCUGGCCUAUAACUUGGCAACCAACCACCAUGUCAUGACCAAACUGCAGGAGGAGAUAGAUACUGUGUUCCCCAACAAGGCUCCAAUCCAGUACGAAGCUCUGAUGCAGAUGGACUAUUUGGACUGUGUGUUGAACGAGUCUCUGAGACUGUACCCCAUCGCCCCGCGACUAGAGAGGGUCGCCAAGAAGACGGUGGAGAUCAACGGCAUCGUCAUCCCCAAAGACUGCAUUGUCCUGGUUCCCACGUGGACCCUCCAUCGUGACCCAGAGAUCUGGUCUGACCCUGAGGAGUUCAAACCAGAGAGGUUCAGUAAGGAGAACAAGGAGUCUAUUGAUCCGUACACAUACAUGCCAUUUGGGGCGGGGCCCAGGAACUGUAUCGGGAUGCGCUUCGCCCUGAUAAUGAUCAAACUGGCCAUGGUCGAGAUCCUCCAGAGUUUCACUUUCUCCGUCUGCGACGAGACCGAGAUCCCUCUGGAGAUGGACAACCAAGGUCUGCUGAUGCCAAAACGACCAAUCAAACUGAGGCUGAAGGCCCGUAGAAACACCCCUAGCAACACCACCGCUACCACUCUGAAGAGUCCAACAACGUGACCAAAUGCAGGAGCACCCUACCCUGGAGUACCUCUCUCUCUCUCUCUCUCUCUCUUCCCUCUCUCUCUCUCUCUUCCCGCUCUCCUCCCCCCCCCACACAGAAGGGCUUUACUACAGACAGAAAAACUCCUCCGAAAAACUCACCCCGCUAAUGAAAAUUUCUGGUAUCUUUUAUUUCAGCUCAUGAAACAUUUUUGUUCAACAGCCUCUCUAUCUAUCUAUCUAUCUGUCGAUCGGCUACUGAAUAUUCAGUCCUUAUCCUAACCCUGCUAUGGGCUACUGAAUAUUCAGUCCUUAUCCUAACCCUGCUAUGGGUUACUGAAUAUUCAGUCCUUAUCCUAACCCUGCUAUGGGUUACUGAAUAUUCAGGCUGGGAUUCAAUAGGCUACUUAAUAUAAUAUAAUAUGAUUAAAAAAUGGUCAUUGAAGCCUGGUCUCAGUCUCAUGCUUGGUUUGAGUAGGACUCAGUAACCCAUUUCCACCAGAUAAAAGAGAGAUAGUAAUACUAUGGAUGCAAUAGAGGUACAUGUCUUGUUAAAGGUAGACACCAGGGGUAUUAAAUCCAUGGCAUGAUGUCAUGUCUGGAUCCUGCACACUACUGGCUGGUGGCUGGAAUUCUCCUAGAAUGUAGAACUCUAGCUGGUGUUCUCUAGAACUGUACUCUCAUUCUGUUCCUCUGGGUGUUCUGCUGUCCAGUCAUUCCAAAAUAUAAUCUUUACUGUCUGUUGAGAUGAUCCCUGCAGCUGCUUGGUUUUAACUUUAAUCAUCACAAACCAAUAAAAUCAUCACACUAAUGAA